AUGGCUACGGAGAUUCAAAAUUUCUCUAACCGUGAUACACAUGUAUCUAUUCCAACUUCGCACCUACCUAAGAAUGUGUUCCUAGAUAAUAUCCCAUCAUUUUCCCACCAGAUGUUGUUUGCCAGUGCUGGUAUAACUGCCGGUUUGGCUAGUCUACCCAUAGAGGCUAUUUCACGGCGGAUCUCGAACCCUGAGUUCAAAGUCUCCACUUUUGCUAAGCAGCAUACUCUUCCACAUCUGUCUCGAAUGUUUGUUAGAUUCUGGACUUUUGAUAUUACUUACAGUGAGACUCAAAAGAUGCCAAUCCCCAUUUGGAUGAAAGCCAGUUUGGCCGGUGCCAGUGGUGGUUUCACGGAGCUUGCUACAUACAGUUUGCUAUACGAAAGGCAGAAACCCAGUCUGCAGCUCGUCAAAAACCUGGCCAAUUAUUCCAGCAGAAUGCUGAUUGGAUUUGCUACCUUCUCUUAUUUGGCCACGCGGAAGGGAGAUCCAUUUCCUCCCAAGCCAUUCUGGUACUGUUGGUGUCUAGGAGCUACCGCGGGCGGUGUUGCUAGCUCUGUCAUGGGUGCUGUGGAGGGAUUCAGAGGAAGGAACCUCGCUUCUCACGUUUUUAAGAGUAUGUUCCUUAUUGGUACUGUUAUAUCUGUCCAAGUUACCAGUGCCACUGAGCUUAUUGCAUUGUUAUAG